AUGGAAUUAAUAGCAACUUUUGCAUUUACUUUACUAUCCUUCGGUUUAUGUAGCAUUGAGGAUGCUUUAAAAGGAUCUUGUUUUGAUAACAGAUCUAGAUUACAUUGUAAUGAUCCGUUCAAUUUUAAGCCUAGAUGCCAUUUUGAAUUAAGAAGACCUUGUAUUGAAACUACGUGUAUAUUUGAUAUUGUUGCAGCAGACAAUGUAAAGCCAUGCGAGGCUAUUAGAAUACAGUGUAUACCAUUUAAAGUACCUAGUACCUGUAAAGUAGUACGAAAAUAUGUUGAAAAAACUCUUGAUUACAUCAGAUGUAAAUUGAACAAAUGUGAUUACCAAAAAAUUAAAUGCGAUGCUGAAAUGAUUUUAAGAAUUAUCGACUGUAAUCUAAAUGGAUGUCCUAAGGAAUAUGCGUUAUUUACCGCAUCUGCUUUACACAACACUUCAUUUUUCAAGUAUUUUGCUUCACACUGUGACAAAUCUAAAUACAUGCCAAGAGGACUUUUAAUGAUUAAUAAUAUAGCUAAUUACAAAAAAUUGGAUGCAGUAAGUAAAUAUAAAAGAAACUAUGUGAGAUACCCAACACGUCUCGCGUGCAAAUUAAAAGAAGAUAUUAUUAAUACAAUUAGGUUUUGGAAAUCGAUUAUGUGCAGAAGACCUAUGACUUUUGCAGGUAUGAUGGAUGCUUUAAAUACUGUUAGCUGGGGAACUUACAAACAUUCUGAUGGAACUUGUAUGCCAGCAGAUUUAAAAAAUCGAAAAGAAAUUUAUGAGGAUUUACUCAGACGAUAUAAAAAAUAA